CUUGUGAAACGUACCUACUUAGUAUAGAUUCAUUGAAUAUUUCACGCUAUAGCUACAUUCAACAGCCUUGAUCAACGAUUGAGAGAUAAAAUUUAGUUAAUUUUCGUAUUUCGUGUCUACUGAUAAAAGAAUCACAGGAGUGAAAGAGCGCAAGCAGUUUCGAUAGCUCUAAGGCGUUUUAUAGCUUAAUUGGCACAGCUCACGGCGAGUUGUAUUAUCGAUUGCAAGCCCCUUCGUGCUGUGAUAGUUGGCGAGGUGUACUAAAGAUUGAUAAGAAUCUGAGAAGAGCGGGUGAAAUAUGUGUGUCACUGGUUUUAAGGAAUUGGGUCACAGGUUCAUUUUCAACAUGACAAAUACAGUGAUUGUGUUUUAAAGUGCUACUGAAAGUGCCAUCAUGUAUGGGAUAUAUAUUGGGAAAGAUAAAUUGGAAUGGAUAGCACUAGACUGGAGACAGUCCCACCCGGGCCUGUUAAUUUGGACACAGUAAGGGCACUUCAUCAAACAGUUGUUUCUCUCAGGACAGCAUUAGAAGUUUCCAAGAACGAACUGAAGGAUUUGAAACAAAAAUAUGAACUGCACUCUCAGUGCUUAGAGUAUGCUGAUGUCAUUGAAAAAUUGACUUUAGAAAAUCAUAUAUUGAGACGAAAAAUUAUUGAUACUGGUGAUGAAAAAGAUUUUAAUCCAAAUAUAAAUUUCCAAGUGACAUACAGUCCCAGAACAGAUACUGUUGAUAGGGAUAGUGAAAUACUGAUCCAAACAACUACAGAAAACUUAGAUACUAAAACAAGGAUUGAAUCUGAUAUUUGUUGUUCAGAAAUUCCAAAUACAAAGCUGAGUGAAAAUUCUAAGAGAGUAAGUUAUUGUUCUAUAGAAAGUUCAGAUGAGACCCCAUUGGAGGUAAAAUCUCAAGAUCCAUCUGAAGCAGAUGGUCAAAACACUGAUGUAGAAAUAAGUCGGUCAUCAAGUUGUCUUAAUCAAGAGAAUGAGAAGAUCCAUCAGCCAAGCUUCAAGACAAAAUUAGAAUUGCUUUCAAAGUUUGAUGUAAGAAUAAAAGUUAAAACUGUGAAAGACGGAGAAUCAUCCAGUACUACUUCAGACACUGAUUCAACCUUUACAGACGAUAAAAAAAACAAAGAUAAGAAUAGUAAAGGAAAAUUUGAGUUUCAAGAGAAAAAAGAAGACUUUGAAAGAGCAGCUGAUCCCAAAAAAAAUACCAUAAAUUUUAAAUCGGUAUCUUCCGAUAACAUAACAAUGGCAGUCCCCAAUCCUGAAGGUGAUGUGAAGUCCAAGAAAGAUAAGUUAGUCCAAGUCAGAAUUACUUCAGAAGAGAACCUUAUCUUUCAGAAUAUGAAAGAUAAAAUAGAGCAGGCAAGGAGAAAAGACACACUGAAUUUAGACGUGGAUGAUUUAAGUGUUAGGUCGCUAUCAGAGGGAGACAACUCUGUAUUCUCAGAAGGAGCAACCACACCAAUGGAUCCACAAAUUAGUAAAGAAGACUAUAAACAGGAACAUGAUGCAAGCGGCAAUGAGUCUGAAGAGGUAGAUGAUAUAGAACUCAUAUUUACAACAGAUGAAUCUAAGGAUAUGAGUAAUUUGCAGGAGGACCUGGUGCCAAUACGUGAGACCGAUCAUUGGACUCCACAUUCCAAUUCCACGACGCACUCAACACCAGUCCUCAUCAAGUUCCACACACUGGAUCCUGACUUUCAACCUGGAACUGAAACUACGGACAACAACGAUAACGAAAACCAAGAAAACUGUAGCUUACAAAGUGAAAUAUCAAUGUCGAGCUUAAAAAUGAAAAGAGUUUCUCUUCCCAGUGACAAGGAAAUCAGACAUGUCGCCUUUAACAGCAAAGGCAGUCUUGACAUACCUGGCCGGAGUAUUUUGAAGAGCUGUGACAAUAAAUCUGAUAAUACCCUGUACAAGAAAAGCCCGAAUACAAGUUCUAAAAAACUGGACAGUAUAGACAGUCUCACUUGCGAAUACAAUAGAGGCCUGAGCUUUGACAACACAAAGAGUUCCAGUUUCGAGCUUGGCUCUAGUAUGGAUAUCCUCCACAGAGAUGAGAGUGUGGAAAGUUUCUACAAGACCGCUCACCUAGGGCAUAGGUUUUCGGUGUUUGCCGAAACCGAUAUAUCGAAAUGCGGUAUUUCAGAAGACGAUUUGGCCGUUAAUUUGAAUGCUAGAAGGAACACAUGUCCCAACCCAUUUCAAUACAGGGUGCCGACACACCGCGGAUACAGUCGAGGCGUGACGUCAGGUCCGGUGCGCGCGCGGCCCGUGCUGCGUGACGUCACGGCGCCGCGUCGCGACUCCGCCGCGCAGACCGACGUGUCCGCCCUGCCGCCGCGCUGGAGCUCAGACGGAUACCUCGCUCAUAAGAUGUACACGACUUCCGCGGCGGCAGCGCCUACACUGCCUCAACGCGGCCUCACGCCGAACUCACGCCGUGGGGCUGCGGAAUCUCGUGUCCCAGCAGUAUCGCGACGGUGCUCGGAGGCCAGACGCGUGCUGCUCAGUGACAUCGGUUUUACAUCGAUGGUCCCCGAGUUAUCGCGGUCCGCGGACCCGGUGUGGGCUCUUACGAAGAAGAUGUCUAGUAUUGAAGAGACUGUAACCAAUUCCACGUCUAAAUUCCUGUCGCGCGGCUCAUCGUACAGGUCGCCGGCUCCCAGCCUGGACCGGAGCCGCGACUGGACGCCGCCGCGGGCCCCGCCCUCUGCGGGAUAUCGUCCGUGGCGCAGUUCGUUGCCGGACGUCCGCCGCGACGACACCGAGGAGCUGCUGGAGGAGGCGGAGAUAUUUUUGAGACGAUCCAUCGACAACCUCAGACCUUCUUCGCCUGAUGUGUCGCGAGCGAGCGAGCCGCGCCCCCCGAGCGGCCGCCCCUACAUCCCCGCCGAGCCGCGCGAGCUGCGUCUGGGGCACGCCGUCAAGUUCAUCACCCCGCAGGGACGGGUCGCCGUCGGACGCGUCCGGUACGUGGGUAUAGCGGGCGGCGCGUCCUCCGUGACCGUGGGGGCGGAGCUCCAGUGCGCGGGGCCUCCGCACAACGACGGCACGGUGCGGGACCGCCGCUACUUCCUGGCGGCGCCGCGACACACCGCCGUCUUCGUGCCCUUCUCGAAGGUCGUCAUGGCCUGGGCCAACUAGACGUACUCGACGGAUCAUCGCAAGUUAUAAAAAAACAUCCAAGGUUUUAUUAAUGCAUCUCUACGAAGCUUGAACUAUGAUGUUAAGUUCAACUAGACGUCGCAGUGAAUGAGGUACUCACUUUUGAUAAACUUGGAUCUAAAGGAGGAGAAACGUUUACGAAUGAUAAUAUGUGUUUUUUAUUUUUAAAACUUAAACGCAGUAUUACUAGUGGUGACUAAUAUAUUUUAAAGAGAAACGAUAAGAUUGUCAGUUUUGUUGUUGUCAAUGAAUAAAUCAGCGCCUAAUUGCCUUUGUCGGACAAAAAACCACAAUUAUUUUAUAGAGAAUCUUCUUCUUUUAGUCUAACACUUUUCUCGUUGACUGUACUCGGCUUGUGAGAUGUUGAGACUGUUGAGCUGUAAUACGCGAAUAUACCUAAGUGGAUAUAAGUCAGGGGUUCCCAAACUUAUUUUGUCCUUUGCCCACUUCGUACAUUAUAAAUUAUUUUUAGCGCCCCUUUUUUUACUCAUUUGGUGUCUAAGUGUCCUCCUAGAAGAAAUCAUAAAUCGCCACCCAAGCCUCUACACAACGCCCCUAUUUUUUUUUCUGGGUGUCUUACCGCCCCCCUUUAGGGCUGCAGCCCCCACAAGGGGGCGUUAUCGCCCACUUUGGGAAAUGCAAAACGUUCGUAAACAUUACUUUCUGUUGUUUAUGAAUCGUUGUUACUCUAUAUUGAUAAAAUUUUUAGCUAUCUGGAGGUUAGCUAUUUGUAAUUCGGCGCAUCACCAUUAAUCCAUUUGGUCUUGUCGAGAGAAGUUGUUCGUUUCUAAAUCUAAACAGGCUAAUUAUAUGCGUAGCUUAGUGUGUAUAAACGUAUGCCUAAAACGUGUUUGCUGUAGUUGUCUCUUUCCUUCAUAUUUAAACUAGAAUAUAAAGGUAACAGGGAUGGAGAAAGAUGGAUAUAUAUUUCAAAGGAACGUUCAGGUUGUUAGAGUUGGUAAUGUUCGAUUUCUAAUUUUCGUGUUAUUGUAAUCAGUCAAUAUGUAGUGUAACUUAUAGGAAUAUGGUAAAGAAUUGUAGAUAGAAUUAAUUAGAAAACAUAAUUAUAAUAUUUUUCGUUCGAUAAAUUGUUGAAAAAAAAAUAGAUGCUCUAACAAAAGUGCGGCACAAAAUGAGUCAAAUUAUAUUAUUUAUAAAAAAAAACUCUAAAACUGUGCUGGAAUAGGUAACGUUUUUUUUUCAAUAUAUUAUUAU